UAUUCGGGCAUUGCAGGAGGGGGCGCUGGAUAUCUAAACGAUGCUUGGGAGUGGUGAGCAAAAAAAAAAGAAAAAAAAAAAACACCCAACCCUUCUUUACAUUGGUCUGCUCUUUCUGCACCAUACACAGUCCGUGAAUUCUGCACACACACACUGCCGUGGAAAUACGCUGCACGCUCGCACGCCACAGCUCCGAGGUGCUGUGUGACGUCACCCGGGCCGAGAUGAAGGCGAGCACUCCCAGCAGCAUCUCCGACCAAUGCGCUCCGUGCGAGGACUUUACUACGGCAUGCGACCAGUGUGAAUAACAGCAUCAUCCAUUAUUGGCGUGGAACGCAACCGGGUGUCAUUGUAUCUUAAUUGUAGCCCUUUUGUUGCCUUUAAGUUCCAACUCAAGGCUGUCACUGGGAGAAGUGGCGAGCUGAGAUCGCUUUAGUCAGCGCGGGGACAGCCCGGUGUUUCCGUUUCUUAAGGAUUUGAUGUCAGUUCACGGAGGCAAUAUCGAUUGUCUUUUUUUAACCCUUAAUCGAGGUUAAUCCUAUUUCGGGUGCUUUUGUCGAACUUCGACAGCAAUAUUGCUGAAACACUGCCUCGAAUUUGUUGGAUGUGAAUUCUCUGUGCACAAUGAGUGUACCUCAUCAGCAAAGCUGUUAUGGCAGCGAGUGCAGCCCUGGACCAAUUCGCUGCAUUCGCUGCAGAGAGGUGUGUAAAGGGGAGGUUGUGCGAGUGCAGAGCAUCCACUUCCAUGUCAAAUGUUUCACCUGCCAAGUGUGUGGCUGUAACUUGGCCCGUUCCGGCUUUUUCCAGAAGAAGGGUGAGUACAUAUGUACAGCAGACUACCAACGUCUGUAUGGCACGAAGUGUGACAGCUGUGGGGACUUCAUCACAGGAGAAGUGGUAUCAGCCCUGGGCCACACAUAUCACCCAAAGUGCUUUGUUUGCAAUGUCUGCAGAAAACCCUUUCCAAUUGGAGACAGAGUAACAUUCAGUGGAAAGAAGUGUGUGUGUCAGCAGUGCUCCCACAAACUUGUUGCUUCAAAUGAGCCGAUUAAGAUUCAUGGACCCAGUCACUGUGCAGGCUGUAAGGAGGAGAUCAAGCAAGGCCAGUCUCUCCUGGCAUUGGAGAAACAGUGGCAUGUCAGCUGCUUUAAGUGCCAGACCUGUGGAAAUGUUCUCACUGGAGAGUACAUAAGCAAAGAUGGGAUCCCAUACUGUGAAUCAGAUUACCAUGCCCAGUUUGGGAUAAAGUGUGAGACCUGCAAUCGAUACAUCAGUGGACGUGUACUAGAGGCUGGAGGGAAGCAUUAUCACCCUACAUGUGCUCGCUGUGCCCGAUGUCAAUUGAUGUUUACGGAAGGAGAAGAGAUGUACCUGACAGGUUCUGAGGUUUGGCAUCCUGCAUGUAAGCAGGCGGCUAGAGCAGAGAGGAAGCUCAGAGUGCGGCGCAUGUCGGAGACAUCCAUUUCACCCCCAGGGUCCAGCAUCAGUUCACCUAGCCGAGUCAUAUGUGCCAGAGUGGAGAAUGAGAUCCUAGAGUACAAAGAUCUGGCUGCAUUGCCUAAGGUUAAGGCCAUUUACGAUCUGCAGAGGCCUGAAUUCUUAACCUAUGAGCCAUAUUACAGGUUCUACUCGGACGACAGGCUAGAGCGCCUCAGCUUCGGCGAGUCACUGGGCACACUUUCACCUUAUUCUCAGGACAUGUAUGACAAUGUAGAUCUGAGGCAGAGGCGGUCCUCCAGUCCCGGCUAUAUUGAUUCUCCUACCUACAGUCGGCAGAGCAUGUCACCUCUGCUGCCUCGCUCUCCACAGCAUUACUAUCGAUAUGGCACUGAAAGUGGCAGAAGCUCACCCUGUUACUCGCAGCUGGAGGCCAGGUCCAGCACACCCACUACGAAUCAAGCACCGAAGCAUUUCCAUGUGCCAGCAACAGGAGAGCCUAACAUCUACCGGAAGCCCCCCAUCUAUAAGAGACAUGACAAUCGGGAUAUAGCCACAAAGAGCAAGACCAGUGAAGAUAUCCUUCAGUCAACCAGGUUCUCAACAGCCUACUCACCUGAGCACUACCAGCACACCCAAUCUGAUUACUUCCAGAGCCCUGUGUCCCCUAAAUCUUUACGUAUUCCACGAAGAAGAUUCUCAUCAGGAGGAGAGGAAGAUGGGUGGAAUUAUGGUCUUCAAAGAAUCCAGGGUGGGAUUGGCAGGAUGAUCCUGAAGGAAGAGAUGAAAGCCCGCUCUGGUUCAUAUGACAACGACCCCUGGGGCAGUACACGGAACUCCCGCACUGGGAGCAAGGAGACUCUGCAUAACACCAGCUACAACACCAUCAUCAAUGGCUCUCCGCAGACACUCUAUCCAGCUGAAAAUGAGUAUAUAUCAAAAUCGGCCUCAUUACCAGGGUAUGGCAGAAAUGGACUGCACAGGCAGCAAAAUACAGACUACUUUCAGUAUGACAGUGGCAAUGAGGUCAACUGGGGAAUCAGAGAAUACAAGGUUUACCCAUAUGAGGCACUGAUUGUGACCACCAGGGGGCGAAAUAGGCUGCCAAAAGACGUGGAUAGAGCGAGACUGGAAAGGCACCUAUCUCCUGAGGAAUUCUACCAGGUUUUUGGCAUGACCAUGGCUGAGUUUGACCGACUGGCACUGUGGAAGAGGAAUGAGAUGAAGAAACAGGCUAGGCUGUUCUAAACAUUCCUGCUUCCUACAUGCAGAAAAAGAGACACCUGUCCAGAAGCAGCCGAAAUGAUGCUACCUUUUUCUGCCACACACUCCUCAAGUUCACUGAGCAACAGUAAAAUCCAGUGCUGCUGAACAUGUGCCAGGCACAUAUGUAGUAUUAAAUGGGCUAUGAUCACUGAGGAAGGAAGAAAACAAGGCAGGAAGCGAAAAAGACAGAGAGCAACAGUUCUAAAAUAAUAAGGAAAGCAUGAAGUCAUGUUAGAUUCUUGUCCCAUUUCUUAGUGACAAGAAUAGAGAUUGAAAUGUAAAAAAAAAUUAAUUGGAGUUUUGCCUUAUAUUUUGUGUUAACUUAUGCACCAGCAGAGUGACUAGAAUGUAGACACUAUAUUAAUAACAUAAUCUUUUUUGGUUCCUCGCUUGUAUAUUACACUUGAAAACUAAUAUCUUGUUUUACUUUAUGGACCAUUUUUUGUCUACAAUGGAAAUACACACCUAAAUUACAUUAAGGUAAAUGGAAACAGGCAAAAUUUGCCAAUAAACACUAAAACCAAAGUCUCAGUACCAUGUGUGAUGUAACUAGAAACAAAAAGGAGGGCUUAAAUACUACAGAUGCUAUAGAUGAUAAAGGUCCUGGGUUUAAACAUAUGAAUGUAAAUUGUUUUCAACAAAUACAAUUAUUUAAUAGACCCAGUCUAAAAUGUGAAAACUUUUGUAAUGUAGCAGUAGUUAUGAGUGACGAGGUCAUUUGCUUCUAGGCAAGCUUAAGGAAUAUUCACAUGCACACACAGCAUUAAAACACAUCAGGAGUAAAUUAACGGAUUAUGGUGCAAUUUCUUGUUGUUGUUUUUUUUUUUAUCUCUCCAUCAUUUAAAUGUGUCUCUUUUUAAAAUGGGGAAUGUGAUAUUUUUUGAGCAGCAAUCUGAUUUGUAAAGUUUUGGUUUAUGCCGUGUUUGUUACUACUCAUUCCACAAGCAGGAUUAUCAACUUUGGACAAUCAGAAGGGUCUCAAAUAAUGUUGUUUUACUGAAAUGGAUUUGCUACAAAUUAAAAAGAAAAUGUAUUGCACUUAAGUGGGACCCAGUACUAAAGUCUGUAAUACCACUUGAUAAUUGUAAGUAUUGUGUAGAUUAUGUUACAACUCACCGGUUCAGUUGUCACUUUUUUUUUCUUCUUGGUUUAUUUGUUUGUUUUGUUGUUGGUUUGUUUCUUUUGUUUUGAGGCCACUGGAAUGUUCUAAAGUGUUAUACCAACUUUACAGUAGUCAGUGGGAGAGUAAACAUAUUUUUUAAUGCUUUCUUUUUUAAACAGUAUAACUACCUAUCAUGUUAACUUUAUUUAUUUGUCAGCGGGUACAACUAGCUAUGUAGCUCACGUCUAUUUAAAUAAAGCUGGUUUUCUGUUGUAUUUUGAAA